CCCUCUUCGCGCCUCCAAAUGCGGAAGUUGCUCUAAACUGCUUCCACCCGGUCAGAGUGAUCCGCUCCACGCCAAACACACACCAACACGCUGAAAAUAAUCCUCUUACGCAGUUCACCAACUGGAGAUUCAACCCAUCGACAUGCAUAUUAAAACAGGUACCUGGGAGUCAAAUAAUGCAGUGUGUGAGUCGGACACGCUGUGCGACCCUGCCGUUCUCGUCUCUCCUCCCCAAGCCGAGCCACACAUCCGGAACCGGCGCCUGUCCCCUGGCUCUGGCAGCUGUGGAGGAGGCGGAGGUGGCUGUGCUGCCAGAGUGGACACACUUUCCCCCCAUCAGUCUUCAAACAGCCCUCCUCAUGAAGGAUCUUCACAUGGAACUGCUCACACACAACCCUUGAACAGAGAGCACAGGGCUCAGACCAGGAGCAGAGGCCCUCGGCGUGAGGGAGCCGGUCAAAAACUCCAUAAAUCCUCUCAGGCACAGAAGGAGAGGUGGAUGGGAGAAACGCUGUCGUCUCUCAGACCUCCGCCCGCCUUCCCAGUAAAGGACAGCCCUGCCAAGUUGCAGCCGGCGGUCAGUUAUGCCUCCAAGGUGAAGGCGGGCGGACAAUCUGGGGGCGUGGCCGAAGAGCCACCUGGCAUCGGGGCACUUCUGCAGAAUCAGUGGGGACUCAGCUUCAUUACCAACGGGCCGGUGAUGGAGAACUCGGUCACUGAAGACGACACGGAGCAGAGUCCACCUGCAACUGGUCAUCACCUUGCUGGAGAAAUGGUUUCUGAAAAAUCUGUGGCUUUGCCAAGCCAGUGCGCCAAGGAACCUGAUGAUUCGGCACAGCUGCUGCUCACCUGUCGCCAUCUAAUGGAAGCUGUGCAGUAUCAUACACAAGAAUGGAGUGCAGUUUUCAGGAAACAGAAAGAAGAUCCGGUGAAGGUCGUCUGGUACACAGACUCGUCGUAGCAGCUUGCACGACACACUUCAGCUAAUUCAGUCACACACUCGUACUCCAUACACACCUUCAUACUCUCUAGCACACUUAAAAAUUACACACAACCCCUCUCCCUACGCUUUGCACUCAUCUUCACCCCCAAAUACCCCAUCCCUCGUGUUGAAGAAAGAAACGUCUCCGAUGCAUGGAUGCCUUAAAACUUAACAUGUGGCGUGGAGACCUUUCCACACAUCCUUUAUUUUAUCAUGGUGGAGAACACUGUUUACUUUUUUUUUUUAUAUAUAUAUAUAAAAUAUCUUUAUAAUGAUCUGGCUAUUUUAUUGUACCAGGGCAAAACAUUACAUUACUGUAGCUUUUUUUUUUUUUUGCCCUGCUGUUUUCCCUUUUUCUCCCUCAUUAUAAAGUGAAGAUCUCCAUCUCUCUGGAACCUUGUUAUUUUAGACCUUUUUCUUUUCUUUUCUUUUUUUUUUUUUUUUUGGCGUCUAUGUCCCAUAUCUAUUGUGUCUGUACCUUACAUGGGUGGCAUUUACUUGAGCACAGCUGGCACGGUUUGUCAGCAUCGCUGCUCUUAAUUUUUCCGUUCUUAGUGCUGUUUUUAAAAUAUUUCCACCCUAACUUGAAUGUAAAAUGUACAAUAGAGAUCUUUUAAUGGGGCACUGGAAGAGAUUUAAGUGAAGUGUUGCAGAAUAAAAAGCAAAGUAUAAAAACCAUUGUCUAUUUUUUAUUAUUGCUACCAUGCAGAGAAAAGAAAGGGGGGGAAAAACUCAGGUUAUCUUGUUACCUUUGGUUUUGAACCUUGUGUUUACUAAAAUGUUAUUAAAAUUGUUUACAGUUACUUCAGUUUUAGGCUUUCCAGUUAUUUUUCUUUCUUUUUCCCUAGUGCCCGUGUUGAAGUUUUAAGCGGGCAGUCACCUUUUCAGCAACAAAACUAAUGGAAACGUUUUAUUUAAUUGUAGACGUGACAUGUUCUGUACAUGGCUCUGUAAUCUCUAAUGUGUGUAUUGUCAAUGCUACUGGAAGUCUGCUUUUUUGUUUCCCAGCUUAACCUCUCCAGUGUAACUUUACAUUUCUGCACCUAAUUUCAUGGGUUACAUCCUGUUACGCUUGAGCACGAUCCCAGGCAGAAGACUGUUCGUUUGCUUUGUUUUGUGUAGACAUACGAGUUGUUCUCAACUGUAAACUAUAUCUGUUUACAUACAUCCAUAAAAAAAUGUUCAGUAACAAUAAUCUUCAAAGCAACAAGGUUUCCCCUAAAGGUCUAAAGUGGAAUACGAUCAAACUGCAGCUCUUAAAUGUUCAUGAUUUUGGUUAUUUGUUGAUGACUCGAUAGGGAAGAAAAUAAACUCAGGAACUGCACAUCA